CGGCAAACUGGCCUAACAUAAAAAGGUCUCUGUCUGCAAUCCCCGUUUGCUCGCCCGGUAAUCCACCCCCGCCCCCAGCCCGCACGCCGACCCGUACAGCUGUUUUUAAUCCCUACUUUUCUCACUUGGCGUCCGGGCUGGGGCUGACCAGACGCGGAGCCACUUAGUGUUUCCUCCUCCCCCAGCCGGGGUCUGUCCUGCCUCCGUCGUCUCCUCUUUCUCCGCCUGCAUCCCCCGGGGGGCAGAGUGUGGGAAGAACGAAUUUCCGCCGGGUUUGCUCGCUCCUCGCAGACACGGGUCCCUUCCGGACGCAGCCUGCGCGGCCCCCAGGCUGCCCACCCCGGCUGUGCUCCGAAUCCCUCCGGGCCGUAAGCGAGCAGGCGCCGGAGACGCAGGCCUAGCGGCCAGUGCUCCGCAGCCAAACCGCACCCCAGCAGCUCUUGGAAGGGAUCCCGCCUGCAGAAGGGGAAUCCGCUUGGCGGGGAGAAUCCGCGCCAGGGAAUCCAGCUCUCCGGACUCGAGAGCAAACAAAAAGCACCAACUCUUGCUCGCUCCUCCCGCCCCCGACGCGCAUCCGAAGAAACAGUUUUGUGCAGAAAUGCAACAAGUAGCACCCGGGGUUCGUCGAGCGCCCAGUGCCUCCUGAUUUGGCUCCGCGAAGCCCGCCUGCAGAGACCCGGACCGGCCACCGGGACAAAGGGCAGAGGAAGGGCUGGACCGAGCAGCAGAGAAGUCCGAAAGAGGCCUUUUAGCGACUCUGGCCCGGACGAGGGGAAUGCAGAGGAGACACAGAGCCGGCCGGCCCAGAGGACGAUCCGGCCGCAGCGCGCUGGGCGGGCGGCGAUGGAGGGUGUCGGCGCCGUGCGCUUUUGGCUCAUGGUGUGCGGCUGCCUGGCGUUCCCGCCCCGGGCGGCCCAGUCCGUGUGCCCCGAGCGCUGCGACUGCCAGCACCCCCAGCACCUCCUGUGCACCAACCGGGGGCUCCGCGCGGUGCCCAAGACCAGCUCGCUGCCUAGUCCCCAGGACGUGCUCACCUACAGCCUAGGCGGCAACUUCAUCACCAACAUCACCGCCUUCGACUUCCACCGCCUGGGGCAGCUCAGAAGGCUGGACUUGCAAUACAACCAGAUCCGCUCCCUCCACCCUAAGACCUUCGAGAAACUCUCACGCCUGGAGGAACUGUACCUGGGGAACAACCUCUUGCAGGCGUUCGCUCCUGGCACGUUGGCUCCACUGCGCAAGUUGCGCAUCCUUUACGCCAACGGUAAUGAGAUUGGCCGCCUUAGCCGCGGCUCCUUCGAGGGCCUGGAGAGUCUAGUGAAGCUACGGCUAGACGGGAACGUGCUGGGGGCUCUGCCGGACUCCGUCUUCGCUCCCCUGGGCAACCUGCUCUAUCUACAUCUGGAGUCUAACCGGAUCCGCUUUUUGGGCAAGAAUGCCUUCACCCAGCUCAGCAAGCUUCGAUUCCUCAACCUCUCUGCCAACGAGCUGCAGCCCUCCCUGCGCCAUGCGGCCACCUUCAUCCCUCUGCGCUCGCUCUCCACUCUCAUCCUCUCCUCUAACAGCCUGCAGCACCUAGGCCCCCGCGUCUUCCAGCACCUGCCACGCCUGGGCCUGCUCUCCCUCAGUGGCAACCAGCUCACACAGAUCGCGCCAGAGGCCUUUUGGGGCCUGGAGGCCCUGCGAGAGCUGCACCUUGAAGGCAACCGGUUGAGCCAGCUUCCCCUGGCACUGCUGGAGCCUCUGCACAGCUUGGAGGCACUAGAUCUGAGCAGCAAUGAGCUCUCUGCCCUGCACCCUGCCACCUUUGGCCACCAGGGCCGGCUACGUGAGCUCAGCCUGCGCGACAACGCGCUCAGAGCCCUUUCUGGAGACAUCUUCGCUGCCAGCCCGGCUCUCUACCACCUAGAUCUAGACGGCAACGGUUGGACUUGCGACUGCCGACUGCGGGGUCUGAAGCGUUGGAUGGGCGACUGGCAUUCUCAGGGGCGCCUUCUCACCGUCUUCGUGCAGUGUCGCCACCCCCCGGCCCUGCGGGGCAAGUACCUGGAUUACCUGGAUGACCAAUUGCUGCAGAAUGGGUCUUGUGCGGACCCCUCACCUUCCCCUACAGCAGGCAGUAGGCAGUGGCCUCUAUCCACAGCCACGGGGGAGGGCAUGACGCCCCCUGCAGGGGGUCUCACGCAGGAGCUGCCACCACAGCCCCAACCGCAGCAGCGGGGGAGACUUCUAUCAGGAGUGGCCUGGGGUGGGGCUGCCAAGGAGCUCGUGGGCAACCGCAGCUCACUAAGAUUGAGCCGGAGGGGUCCAGGCCUGCAGCAUCAGGGUCCCUCUACCGCUGCUGCUUCGGGCCCUGCCCCACAGUCCCUGGACCUGCACGGGAAGCUUGAGAGAGGUCGUCCCACCCGUGCCAAUCUUGCUCCAGCGGAGCUCACCCCGACGCCUGAGCCCGCCUCCGGGACACCAUCUGCCAGAGACAGCUGGCAGCGCGCAGCAAGGCAGCGCCUAGCCUCGGAGCAGCGAGAGCGCGCAAUCCUGCCCGACGGUGGAGUGGGCUUGCCACCGCUGGUAUCUGACCCCUGUGACUUCAACAAAUUCAUUCUGUGCAACCUGACAGUGGAGGCAGUGAGCGCCAACAGCGCCUCGGUGCGCUGGGCGGUUCGCGAGCACCGCAGCCCCAGGCCGCAGGGCGGCGCACGCUUCCGCCUGCUCUUCGACCGCUUUGGCCAGCAGCCCAAGUUCCAGCGCUUCGUCUACCUGCCCGAGCGCAGCGACUCGGCCACGCUGCACGAGCUGCGCGGGGACACUCCUUACCUAGUGUGCGUGGAGGGCGUGCUCGGGGGCCGGGUUUGCCCCGUGGCCCCCCGGGACCACUGUGCAGGGUUGGUAACCCUGCCAGAGGCAGGAGGUCGAGGCGGCGGCGUCGACUACCAGCUUCUGACCUUGGUCUUGCUGGCUGUCAACGCGCUGCUGGUGAUCCUGGCUCUGGCCACCUGGGGAUCUCGGUGGCUGCGGAGGAAGCUGAGAGCCAGGCGGAAGGGAGGGGCCCCGGUCCACGUUCGUCACAUGUACUCCACCCGACGGCCACUGCGCUCCAUGGGAACAGGUGUGUCUGCGGACUUCUCCGGCUUCCAGUCGCACCGGCCCCGCACCACCGUGUGUGCCCUCAGUGAGGCGGACCUCAUUGAGUUUCCCUGUGACCGCUUCAUGGACAGUACUGGUGGUGGAGCUGGUGGCAGCUUGAGGCGGGAGGAUCACCUCUUGCAAAGAUUUGCUGACUAGAUUUAGUGCCUCCGUGUGGAAACCAUCUCACUGGCCUUGAGGAGCCUCUCCCUGGGCCCAUGAAUCUCAGAGGAAGACCUUGUUUUGUAACAUCUCUUCUUUCUCCCUUUUGUGUGUUUGCUGAAGCCAAGUGGUACUGGAAGUGAGUCUGGACACCACCCUUUACGUCCCAGUACUAACAAAGCAAGGAUGGGUCUUGGUUGUCAAGCUCAAGAGCAGGGACAAUUGGAUGGUAGGGGUAAAGCCUUGAUAUACCUAGGGCUUGAAUCCUGUGUCCUUGCAGCACAGUAACCUGGCUGACCUUGAGCUAGAAAGGGUGCUUUGGCCAGAAGACUCCGGGUUGUACGUUUAUUUGUUCUGUGGCAGAGUUCUAUUCCCAGUUAAGGAAAGGGGGCACUUUCCACCAUUGUAAAAGGGUCAGACAAUCGCCCCUACCAAUCUGGUGUUCUCUGCGAGAUGGGCAUGGUACAUAGGUACCACAUUCUCCCAGGAACCCCUUUCUGUUGGCUGGUAGAGCACCCAUGAAGCCUUAAGGUUUAAACAACGAGAUGCUGCCUUUUCCAACAAUAUGAAGAGUGUUUAACAAACUGACCAAUAGACUCCAAGACUCUUUUGACUGGACUGCACCCCUUCUACUGUUUAUCCUGUACAGGAUGUGACCUCUUGCUGACCUUUGGGUAGAUUGUUCUCGGGAGAAGGCUGCAUGCAAUACUUCUCCACCAGACUUGCACCUGUGGUUUUAAUUUUAUUUUUAAAAUCUAUAUAUGGAAAAAAAUGAAUGCCAGAUUUGAUUUUUAAAAAAAAGGGAUGUAAUAUGUAUGAAACUGAUGACUCCCCAGGACACUCCAGCCUUCCAGCUCAUUUACCACAUUUCUGAUAGCAUGUCUAGAUGGGUGUAAAUGUGACCUACUUCUCAUUGCGUUUCAUCAGUGUCCCGCCCUUCUUGACAGUACCUGUUUCUGAGUUGCACAGUUAGGCAACAUGCUUAAGGUGAGUGUCAGGCUAGGGACUGGGUUGCUUGUGAGGCUCCAAGUCCAUCCCAAAUCCACAAAACAAAGCAAUGGGUGAAUGUGUGCUUGUAGUGUAAUCUCUGACCACAUUAUAAUAGAAGAUAAGAAACCAUGGGAAACAAAUGUGAAAAAAAAUAUACAGCAGCAUCUGCUUCUACUAAAUCCAGGAGAUCAUGAGUACUUAACCCUCACUGUGAAAUAAUUACAUAUUUUACAAAUUAGUUCUUUCAGUAGCCAGUGACUGGCUGUGUUAUUAAACCUUACCUUUUAGUAGUAGUUGCGAUAUUACUUUCUUAUUUUUUUUUUUAAUUUAGGAUUAGUCUCCUGCAUUUGUUUAGUUGUGUGUGCGUUUUUGUUUGUUUGUUUUUUUUUUUUUUUUUAACUAUUUAGGAUACUUCUCUUCCCUGGUAUUUAUGAGGUCCGUGUUUAUAUUAACUAUAGUGGUGUAGUAAUUCCUGUGUGGUCCAAGUCCACUCACUAAGAGGGCAUACACUGUGGUUACAGUCACCGUGGUUAUGGAUUUAUUGGCAGUGAGGUACUGUGCAGGUCAGCCAGUUCAAGGUGCUAUGGCUAACAGUAACUCCUCUGUUUCAGGCCUCAGGCCCCUGAAGGUCCCAAUGGCUCAGUGGAUCCAUCACAGUUCAGAGGCCGUCAGCCCAAUCACUCUGUGUUUGGCCUACGUGAGCCCUGCCUGCCCUAUGCUGGCAGCUGAGGGCCCAAGGGUCUAAAUGAGCUGCUCUUUGUUUAUGUCCGGAUGAGUAAAUGUCCAGACCACUUAAGCCACAGCUGCUUUUCUGGCAGUCUUAGCUGCACAGCCCAAACUUAAUAAACCACAGGAAAUGGACUGUCAUUCUGUGUUUGCUGCCAGGCCUUGUUUUAGAUUCCCAGCGUAUGGUACGUGGGAGGUGGGAGGUAGAAAUAUUUACUCUUAUAUUCAACCUGCAGCCUAUCUGGCACCUUCUGUAUAACUCACAGAUUUUCAUGCACAGCACAGUUGCAUCUCUUAGCUGUUUCUUGUAGACAGUGUAAAAUUGAGGCCCAGUGAAAGUCUGGGAGAAAAAAAAUCUGCCUUUUUCAACUGUAGAAUAUCACCAAAAAUGUUUAAGGCCUGGAUUUAAAAUGGUUUCACUGAAAAGUCUUUCAGUGAGAAGUGAAUAAAUGUUAUACAUUGUUACGUUCAA